CCUUUUCCAUCCCCCUUGUUCAUGAUUCGUUUUAUUCUUGUCCAGAAUCGGCAGGGGAAAACACGACUAGCUAAAUGGUACGAUCCCUACGAAGAUGACGAGAAAAUCCAGCUCAAAGGCGAAGUCCAUCGUCUGAUUGCCAUGCGCGAUCAGCGUCAUCAGAGUAACUUUGUCGAAUUUCGCAACUACAAAAUUGUAUACCGUCGUUAUGCUGGCUUGUUCUUUUGUAUUUGUUGCGAUGUCAACGACAAUGAAAUGGCUUACCUAGAAGCCAUUCACCUCUUUGUGGAAGUCCUUGACGCCUUUUUUGGAAACGUAUCUGAGCUGGAUCUAGUAUUCAACUUUUACAAGGUUUAUGCCAUCUUGGACGAAGUCUUUCUUGCUGGCGAAAUCGAAGAAACGAGCAAAAAUGUGGUAUUAACACGCUUAGACCACUUGGAUAAGCUGGAAUAGCCUACAGGAUAGCAUCGAAGACGCACCGUAGGGCUAUUUCAUCGUCGCUGUGUAUAUAGUUUUGCCUACAUUAUCUCCCAUCGAUUCGCCAACACCAUCAUACACUUUUUAAAGAAUUACUUAAUAUUAUUGUGCUCCAUUCAAUCAUUAUCAUAAAGUAGAAAACGCGGCAAUCAGACAAACCCACUGUUAUUUUAUAAAGUUCCUGCAGCAUUUAUCCGUUUUUUAAAUGCAUCACCGAAUUGCUCGUUUCCGGAGAAUCUUUUCAUUCUUUUUUACAUAAACAUGAAAAGAACAUAUAAAUUUGCUUUCAUAAUUCCUAUGCCAAGUUGCUAAACUAUUUGUCUUUUUGUCCUGCCAUCAACCUCCAAAGAAAAAAAAAAAAGAAAAGAAGAAAACUGGGGACAUCAUGAUCGACUCACGCUGACAGCUUGA